AACAGAACAACGACGCAAAAAACUGAGGGAGCAGCACGGUAAUUUCAGUCUUGUGAUAUUAAAUAUUUUCCGAUACAAUUAAAUGUGACAUUGAUUUGUGAAAGUGCUCGUUUUCCAUGAUUAAAAAAACCAAGAUCAAAAUGGCGUCUGACCGAGUGUGUAAGAUUUGCAAGUUCGGCGACACAGGUGUACUGGGAAAUUUCGAGUGGAUGACCGUUGAAGAUAUUACGAUCCAUUUGUUUUGCGCCUUGUUGUCACCGAAUUUGGUCAAAAAAGACGAACACGAUAAUGGUAUGCCCAGUUUUAUGGCGAAGGACAUUCGCGAUCUAAUACGACGACAUAAAGAGACCAAAUGCGUAUACUGUCAAAAUGGAGGAGCAUCAGUUCCUUGUGCAGACGAAAAAUGUCAACGUUUUUUUCAUGUCAUUUGCGGUGAAAAAAAUGACUGUUUGUCCACAUUCAACAAUAACUUCCAAUCAUUCUGCGACAAGCACGUUAAAAUCACCGAAAAGUUUAGUUUUCACGGUAGCUUAUGGAAGUGCCAAAUUUGCUACAAUCCAAUUGGCGUUUAUAAUCAAAUUACAGGCAUCGGUAUUACCACAAAAAAUGCAUGCAAAAGUAUGCAAUAACGGCUGGUCGUGAAACAAAAUGCCCAAGUUGUGGAUGUCUUGACAACGACGGUAAUUACCAAGACUAUCUACGGAAUCGUGGUAUUUAUUGCCCAGACAAGAAACCAGAUUGGGAAGCGGACGGUGCUUACGAUGAUGUUGAACGAUACACAUAUAAAUACGUUGCUGAGACGUGCCGUUGCCCGCAUGGCAUUCAUUACGAAGAAGACCGUGGCAAAUGGGAAGUGUUGUGCUGCUAUUUCUGUGGCGAUAAUUGCAUUCAUAUCGAAUGCCGAAGUUCAAGUAAAAAUGACAAAAUAUUUGUAUGCGACGUUUGCAGUAAUACAGUUAAAGAGAAACUGGAAUUUACCGAAAGCGAUAUGCUUCCACUUCGAAAUGACUAGUUUCGCAAAUAAUCAAUUAUUUUUGCAUAUAAAAUGCAAUCAGUAAUGAUUGAUUUUUCU